CAGUCAGCCACAACGCCACAUGAGCAAAGGUUGCUAUCGAUAAAUCAUCCACAUUUCUGCUCGAGCACCUCACCUACUAGUCGACUCAGUCUCCAGCCUUCUUGUCGAGAAGGUCAGUCUCGCAUCAGAAUGCCUCCGCAGAUCAAGCAGGACCUCAACCGGUCGGGAUGGGAGUCUACGGAUUUUCCUUCCGUCUGUGAGACCUGCCUCCCAGACAACCCCUACGUGCAGAUGCUCAAGGAAGACUAUGGUGCGGAAUGCAAGAUUUGCACGCGUCCUUUUACCGUCUUUCGCUGGAAAGCCGACCGCACAGCGCGCACCAAGCGCACCAAUAUUUGCCUCACUUGUGCUCGCUUGAAGAACUGUUGCCAGUGUUGCAUGCUCGAUCUGUCGUUUGGACUGCCGAUUGUCGUCCGUGAUGCUGCACUUAAAAUGGUCGCCCCCGGCCCAGAAAGCUCGAUCAACCGUGAAUACUACGCCCAAGGCCACGAGAAAGAAAUCGAAGAAGGACGAGGUGCGGUGGAGGAAUACGAAAAGACAGAUGAGAAAGCGCGUGAAUUACUUCGAAGACUUGCCAAAAGUGAACCGUACUACCGGAAGCCUCGACAACUGGAGGGGGCGCAGAAGGAUGAAGAGGCGGAAGUCACAUCUAGCGAUGCGCCAGUAGUUCAAAGCCGCUAUGGAAAUGCCCCGGGGCCCGUCCGCACAAGUGAAAGCAGAAGAGGCACAACUUUGCCUGGCAGGGGAGGUCGAGGUCGUGGUGGUAUGCGUGGCGGACGUGCAGGUCGACCAUUCCCGGGCACCGCUCAGCUGCCCCCUUCGCAAGAAGAUAUCCUCCCGCCUGCAGAUCCAAACAUUACGUCGCUUUUUGUUACCGGUGUUGAGGACGAUCUUCCCGAGCAUACUCUUCGCUCUUUCUUCAGCCAGUUCGGACAGCUUCGUUCAUUGAUCUGUUCUCAUCGGGCCCACUCUGCGUUCGUCAACUUUGCGACUCGCGAGGGUGCUGAAGAAGCGGCAAAACAGUGUCAAGGGAAAGCGGUCAUCCAAGGCUGUCCUCUCCGUAUUCGAUGGGGAAAGCCAAAGCCACUGGAUAACAUGGACCGGGAGGAACGGAUGAAAUACGCUCGUGAGGGCCGCCAGGCCACAUCAUCACCAAGGAACGCGGGCCAAGGAAGGAAAGCUAUAACAGCCGCUGGCGGAGAAAUUUCAGCGGAAGAAAGACCCCGCAAUAUCGUUGCCCCUCCCCCAGGCAGUGGCGAAAUCCAGUAUUCCAGUUUGUCUGGUGAUUAA